UUGGGUGUUCUAGGUGGUGCUGGUGGUGCUGGUGGUGUUGGCAUUGGUGGUGCUGGCACUGGUGGUGUGUAUCCAUGGCAGGUGCAAGGAGGAGUGGGGCCCGGUGGCAUCUCACCUGCUCAGGCUAAAGCUGCCAAAUAUGGUUUGGGUGUUCUUGGUGCUGGUGGUGUUGGCACUGGUGGUGUUGGCACUGGUGCUGUUGGUACUGGUGGUGUUGGCACUGGUGGUGUGUAUCCAGGGCAGGUGCCAGGAGGAGUGGGGUCCGGCGGUAUAUCACCUGCUCAGGCUAAAGCUGCCAAAUAUGGUUUGGGUGUUCUUGGUGGUGCUGGAGGUGCUGGUGGUGCUGGUGGCUAUGGAGGUGUCGGUAGUGCUGGUAGUGUGUAUCCAGGGCAGGCACCAGGAGCAGGUUAUGCAGCUGGUUCCAAGGCUGCUAAAUAUGGAGUACCAGGGCGAGUACCUGGGGGUGUACCAUGGGGGUGUCCCAGGAGGAGUACCAGGAGGAGUACCAUGGGGUGUCCCGGAAGGAGUACCAGGAGGAGUACCAUGGGGUGUACCUGGGCGUGUUCCGGGAGGAGUACCAGGAGGAGUACCAGGGCGAGUACCAUGGGGUGUACCUGGGGGUGUCCCAGGAGGAGUACCAGGAGGAGUACCAUGGGGUGUACCUGGGGGUGUCCCGGGAGGAGUACCAGGAGGGGUACCAUGGGGUGUACCUGGGCGUGUUCCGGGAGGAGUACCAGGAGGAGUACCAGGAGGAGUACCAGGGCGAGUACCAUGGGGUGUACCUGGGGGUGUCCCGGGAGGAGUACCAGGAGGAGUACCAUGGGGUGUACCUGGGGGUGUCCCGGGAGGAGUACCAGGAGGUGCACCAGUGGUUGGUGGAUAUUUACCAGCAGCCAAAGCCGCUAAAUAUGGACUAGGAGGCACAGGAGGACAAUUAGGGACAGGAGGACAAUUAGGGAGUGGAGGAUUGGGAGGAGGUGGAGGAUACUCUGCUGCUGCCAAAGCUGCUAAAUAUGGAGUUUCAACAGGAGCUGGAGCAGGGUUUGUACCAGGAGGACUGGGAGGAGCAGGAGGAGUUCCUGGUGCAGUACCUGGACUGGGAGGUGGACAAUACUCGGCUGCCGCAAAAGCUGCUAAAUACGGAGUUUUAGGAGGAGCUGGAGCAGGGUUCGGAGCAGGAGGAGUUCCUGGUGCAGUACCUGGACUGGGAGGGGGACAAUACUCUGCUGCCGCAAAAGCUGCUAAAUAUGGAGUUGCAGGAGGAGUUGGAGCAGGGUUUGUACCAGGAGGACUGGGAGGAGCAGGAGCAGGGUUUGUACCAGGAGGACUGGGAGGAGCAGGAGCAGGAUUUGUACCAGGAGGACUGGGAGGAGCAGGAGCAGGGUUUGUACCAGGAGGACUCGGAGGAGGAGGAGCAGUUCCUGGUGCAGUACCUGGAAUGGGAGGGGGACAAUACUCUGCUGCCGCAAAAGCUGCUAAAUACGGUAUUACAGGAGGAGCAGGGUUAGGAGCAGGAGGACUGGAAGGGGCAGGAAUAGCAGGAGGAGUUGGGGGUGAAGGGUAUGCGGAUGGUGUGAAACCACCAACAUAUGGAGGCGUCACUGGAGUAGGCCUUGACAUGCCAGGAGCUACUCCAGGUACACCUGUCGGUGGUGGUCCAGACGGUUCUGCUGUUGUGGUGCCAGCAAGGAAUGCAGGUACUGCUGGAACUCCUCCACCAGAGCCCACGCCUACUGCCGCAAUUGGCGAGACCACAGAGGUCCCACGGCCCAGUGGUGCAGGCAUUGCAGUAGCACCCUCUGGUGUUGGUCCAACAGGCCAAGGCCAGCCUGGUGUAGGUGUUGGCACAGGGGGCAAAGCACCUAAACCAUUCUUACCAGGUGCAGGAGCAGGUUUUGUUCCAGCCGGAGGUGGAUAUCCCUAUGGUGGACCCUAUGGAGUUCCUUAUGGCGCUGGUACCGGAGCUGCCACUCUGCCUGGAUCGAAGCCUUUGAAGCCUCCAGUUGUUGGUGGAGCAGGAGGAGGAGCAGGAAUCCCACUGGCAGCAGGAGGUUAUCAAGGGGGAUACAGGCCAUAUCAACAUGGUUAUGGCCAGGGCUACGGCAAUCUUGGAGGCGGCGGAGUAUAUCAGCCAGCUGCUGCUCCUGUGCUUCCUGGUUAUGGAGGAGGUUACCCCCAACAGAACUACCAAGGAGGCGGAUUAAUGGCCAACUGCCAACAGCCAGGUGGAUAUGUACCAGCCCCACUGACCCCUCAACAAGCCAAAGCAGCCAAGUACGGUCCAUUGCAGGCCUUCCUUGGUGGUGCAGGAGGAGGAGGAGGAGGAGUCUACAGAGGUGGCGUUGCAGGAUGCCAGGGCAAAUACUGCGGGAGGAGGAAGUAGAGCUCACCGGUGUGACCUCAAGAAACCAUGGUGCUACUGCAUGAUCUAGAAUGUACAUUUUAUAUGCAAGGAAAACCCCAUUAGAAAACAUGUAAAGAUGUUUUUUUAUUAAUUUCUUUUUUACUUACAUGACUUCAACGUCUUGUGUUUUUAUACAAACCCACCGACACAGAAUUUUGUACACGCUCUGAUGUGACGUAUGUUAUUGAUCGUGCCUUUAAUCAAUAAUGUGCUCAAAUGAAUCCGCUUUAACUUCCAGAACUGCACCAGCCUACUUAAAAUACAAAGAGUGUGUUCUUGUGCAUGAGUGUGUGUGUGUUUUUGUGCGUGGUUGUGCGAAAGACUGACUGAACCAUCGGCUGCCAAUGUGACCUAUGAAUGAUUUUUCGGUCGGUUUUAAUCCUGAAGCAAGGUGAACUGUCCUCGGUGUAGGUGUAGCUGUGUGGACAUGUCAGAGGGGUCGGGUUGGUCGCGGCUUAUGUAAAAACUGAUGAAAUUUGGCCAAUUUCAGUGUCGUCUCAGGCUCCCCGUCCUCUCUGCUGCUAUUUAUAGGCCUGCUGGGUAUCAAGCAGCGAGAACUGGGGCUCCGGGCAGCCCAUCUGCUCUCGGUAACUUUGCUGAUUCUAGUUGCUACGCAGUUCAGUUUUCGCAGCAUUUUUAAUGUUGCCAAACUUGUGAUGUAUGAAGAGCAGUUUCUGCUCUGAGGAACGACAUGCUGAAGACAAUCAAAGAGCAUUUGAUCCAUUACAGGAUGUUUAAAAAGCAGUGUUGCCUUUUUAGUUCCAAGUAGAUUAAAAUGUAACUCAGACACUGCUCUGGCAUGUACAUGAUGUAUGUGUGAAUGUUUAAUUAUGAGUCUGUAGUCUGCUUGAAAUGUUUAGUCUCAUCGCAGCAGUUAUUUACAUUUAUGUAACUUGUAUGAAUAAUAUGAUUAUUCAAGAAUUCUUUUGCACCAUGCUUUGACUCAUAGCUUUAUUGUUAUCAGGAAUGUGUGAACAUAAAACACAUUUACUUACUGAUUAAUACAGAAUAAGACUUUGUUUAAUGGGGGAGCCGAAGUGUUAAUGUGAGGCAUAAGCUCCCAUUCUUCAUUUACUUGAGCUGCUUUUAAAAAGGCUUAUUGACCAAAGGUCGCCAAGUGACUCCAUCUCUUUCUGUAAUUGUGUACUGUAUUUUGUACUAAUUUGAUAUUCGCUGGCUUCGGUUCCUUCACUCGGUGCUGUGUAAGAACUGUCUUUGAGCCUUGCUGGGUCAGACCUUGUCUUAUAUGCCGUGGGAUGCUCUUCAUCUUUAUUUAAAACUGUUUUUAUAAGGAGGAACAGUGUGGUUUUGCACUUUUUAGAUUUCCACGACACACAUGUGACUUAUUCCCGGAAUCCAGCAUUUAAUUUGCUUCAUUAAAUAACAUAAUAAAAUGUGUUUAAAAGAUC